AUGCACGCCUACGCGCACCUCGAGGAGGUGCUGUUCAAGCCGCCCCCGCCCCCGCCACCGUACACCCAUGAACACCAUCACAUCGACGGAGGCAACGGCGGCGGCGGCGGCGCUGCGUCGUACACGAGGUGCGCUUAUUCCGGCUCGUCCCCGUACUUCACCUCACCCGCGGACAUCAACGUGCAGCAGCAGAUCUGGAGCUCACCAGCCGGUGGGUCACCGACAUAUGGAUCGAGUGGUAGCGGCGGCGGCGUGGUGCUGGGUGAGGAGUACGCGCCGGACGCUGGCGGCGGUGGCGGCGGCUCCGAGCCGGGCGGGGGCUCGCUGCCCGCCUUUAGCUCGAGGUUCGGCAGCGCCUUCGCCACAUCAAGACCUUCCACCGUUUACGGUGCCCCCGCUAUAGCUACUAAUGCGUACGCGCAUCAGGAGGUGUGGAGCUUAGACAGUAGUCGGAGACCGCAGGUGUCCGCGGCGGCACAUCUCUCAGCCAUGGCCGCGGAGGGGGCCCCGCCGGGCGCGGAUUACUACAAGGGUUUCCUGUUAAACGGGCUCGCGUCGCCGCACGCGCACGCGCACGCCUUGUCCGCGCCGGCGCCGCUCUGUGCGCCCUCGCACGCCGCCUCCACUCCCCCCGACUACAAACAGAAGAAAGGGGCGGGCACGAAGCGGCCCGGCACCACGUGCACCAACUGCCGCACCAUGACCACGUCGCUGUGGCGUCGCAACGCGCACGGCGAGACCGUGUGCAACGCGUGCGGCCUCUACUACAAGCUGCACAACGUCAACCGCCCGCUCGCCAUGAAGAAGGACGCCAUACAGACGAGAAAGCGAAAACCGAAGAACGGCAUGAAGUCCGAGCGGAACAUCAAAACCGCCGUCCAGCGGACGCUCUCUUCGGGCGUCAAAAUGGAAAACUUGCUGGAGAGCAGCGCCGUGGGCCGCGGCGGGCUCGGCUACUACGCGGGCCACAUGAAGCUGGAGGAGCCGCCGCCGGCGCACGCGCACCACGCGCCGCUGUACGACGACGCCGAGUACCGCCGCGCCGCCGCCGCCGCCGCCGACGAGCGCCUCGACCGCCCCACCGUCGUGUCCAUGGGCAGCUGA